UUCGAUCAAAAUUAGGCAUUUCAAUAAUAAAACCCGCUUCCCGGCUUCUGGGCUCUGCUCGAAGUCGGGAGACACUUGAAAGUGACCUUUCUUCAGGAUUUGCGAAGGGAGAGUCGAAGCUGAGGAUCGUUUUCUUUAUUCCUUGGGGGAUAAAAAUGCUGUUCUUUUCGUAUUUCAAGGAUUUGGUUGGUAGGGAAGUGACGGUGGAACUCAAGAACGAUUUGGCAAUUAGAGGAACGCUUCACUCUGUCGAUCAAUACCUCAAUAUCAAGCUCGAGAAUACUCGGGUUGUCGAUCAGGACAAGUACCCUCACAUGCUUUCAGUCCGUAACUGUUUCAUUAGAGGAUCUGUGGUUAGAUAUGUUCAGUUGCCUCCAGAAGGUGUUGACAUUGAUUUGCUCCAUGAUGCAACAAGAAGAGAAGCUCGGGGUGGCUGACUUUCAUUUGAAACUGUUGAUCGUAUUUUUAUGGACUUCUGAUGUAAUUGUAGUUUAAAACAACUGUUUGACAUUCUAAUUCUGUAUGUUUGUCCUGGUGACAAGUUCAUGAAGAUUGAAGCCACAAACAUAUUGACUGGUAUUGCUCAAGGAAAUUUAUACAUGCUAUGAUGAUGAAAUCUUUUGCA